CGAUAUGUUUGUAAUAAUAAUAAUACGUCGCAUACAGAUAAGUCGCCGUACAAUAACAUUGUCGGGGACGUUUGACAAAUGUUGCAAACGUUGUAGAAAACGUAAUAUUAUACUCUUUGGUCUUUCCCACGAUGUUGGCACUACGGGCAUCAUGGGUGCUGGCCGGCAUGGAGGGACCCGUACCUACGGCUCACAUUGUCACAGACAUACUACGCAUAUUGUUAUUAUUAAUUGUUUAUUUUCACUAGUGCACUACGCUGUAGACGGUGUACGACGAUUUACAGUACAACGGCCGUCCGUCUGUAUUCCUUCACGACAUACGCGUACCGGUUAGUCGAUGCAUUAUCUAUCGAGUGUUUAGUCAGUCAGUCAGUGUAUUUAAGAUUGCCGACAGGGCGACAGUCUAAUAGUUUGUACCUCAUAGACAAUUAAUAGGCGCCAACAGUGUAAUAGCUGUCCGUCUCCUUCGCCGGACUGAUGAUUGUUUGAUCGAACAAACCUCGUGUUACGGCUGGUAUUUUAAUCUGUCAGUUAUAUUUAUGACCAUUACGUCUUGCGAAACGGUAAUACCUUCUGUAUACAAUAUUAUAUUUCAAAUAUACCUAAAUUUAUAUCAUUAUACAAACAGUAAUUAUGUUUAUAGCCAUUAUCAAAGGUACACAGUACACACACAAUAUUUGAUACAAAUGUAAAUCUGUGACUAACCAUAGAUUAGUGAAAUAUCAUGUUUAAUAAGAGACAGAACGGCAAUCAAGCUCAAAACUACCAUCCUAGAAAAUCCAGAACAAAUCCAUUAGUAAAUACAGAAAACGUCCAAUUUGAUUUUAAAUCGCUUAAUCAGCAAAAUGGACAGUCACAAUCGAGUGGUUCCAAUACUAAUGAGGAACAAAGAAAAACAAACCGACAUCCAGAUAAUAGACAAGAAAAUUGGAGAAAAAAUCAAAAUCGUGAAAAUCAACAAUCACAGUCGACAUCAACACGUAAUUUAGAAAAUCGACAAGAUCAAUGGAGAGUUAAUAAAAAUUCAGAAAUGAGACGAGAAAGAGGAAGAAAAAAUGAAUUUCAUCAACAACAAGACUUUAAUAAUGACACUAUUAAUACUAAUAAAAACAAUUUUAAAAAUAAAUUUUUUUUUGGAUUCAAACGUCUUGAAGAAUUAUGCGAUAAGGAACCUUCUGAAAUUAUAUUUGUGAUGUCUAAUAAAACUAAUGGAUUUAUGGAUUUAUUCAAACAAAAUAAAGAACCAGAUUGGAUAUUCUUGCUUAUGAAAGUUUCAGCUAAGGUUUGUUCUUCAGAAUAUAUGCAAAACAAAAUUUCUUUACUAACAGAAUUAACAUGUAAUCAAUUUUUUAAUCAUAUAAAAUCCUAUAUAUUGAGUACACCUACAGAAAAAAAUCAAAAUCGAUGCAACAAUAUGAAUACAUUUUAUGAAGAUUGCUUAGUAGUUUUUAAAUCUAUAACUAUAUUAUUUCCAAAAACAGCAGAAGAAAAAUUGAAGGAGAUAAUAGUUAGUAGUAAUAUUGCUUUAACUGGUAUUAAAACUUAUUCUGAUCGUAUUAAAAUAAAUGAAACUACAAUCGUUGAAAUGAAUGAAUUACUACAAAAGUUGAAUGAAACUAAAUUGACCGAUGAAUUAAAAUUAGAAGAAAAAAAUAUGAUUGAAAAUAUGGUUCAAACAAUGCCUCCCCCUGAAAAUUUUAGGGAACUAACAGUAUAUCCAACCGCAAUUGAUCUUGAAUAUGGUGAACCAUUUUUACGACCUAAUAUCUCAAAAGGAGCUUAUCAAAAUAUAGAGCACUAUUUGGAUGUUCAAUUUCGUCUUUUGCGUGAAGAUUUUAUUGCUCCACUACGAGAAGGAAUACAUUUUUAUAAAGCUUCAAUAAUAAAUGAUCAACAUCAACCUCAACGCCGAAAAAAAAUAAAUAAUAUUCGUGUUUAUCGAGAUGUUGAAUUUCAAAAAGAAGGUGAAUUUGUUCGUGAUAAAUAUGGUUAUCUAAUAAACUUUGACAUAAAACAAAAAUUAAAAAUCAACUGGGAAAUGGCUAAACGUUUCAUGUAUGGUUCUUUAUUGGUAUUUUCUGUUAAUGAUUUUAAAACUUUUUUUUUGGGUAUUGUUUUGGAGCGAAAGAUUGAACUUUUGAAACAAGGAAAAUUGAUUGUGGAAUUAUUAGAAGAUGCAAAACCUUUAUUUGAUACAUCUCUUACCAUGGUAGAGAGUGAAGUAUUUUUUGAACCAUAUAAAUGUUCAAUGGAAGCUCUUAAGAAUAUUAAUGCUCAUAAUUUUCCAAUGGAAAAAUAUAUAAUAUCAGCUUCUAAAAUAGUAGAUUAUCCAUACUACAUAGAUACAUUAUCUCAACGGUUAUAUUCUAUUGAUAAUCUCCCAAAAUUCUUUCCUCUAAAUGAUUUUCAAUGGCCUAAUAAAGAACAAUUAGAACUUGAUGAAAUGCAAUUUAGAGCAUUCAAAGCAGCACUAACUAAAGAAUUUACUGUCAUACAAGGGCCUCCUGGUACAGGAAAAACAUUUAUUGGUUUGAAAAUCAUGAAAACAAUUAUAACUAAUUUAUAUAACAAAAGCACAAUUGACAAUAUUAAUCCUCAUCUAUUAAAACCAAUUUUAGUAGUUUGCUAUACAAACCACGCAUUGGAUCAAUUUAUGGAAGGUAUUUUAAGUUUCACAAAUAAAGUUAUAAGAAUUGGUGGUCAAUCUAAAUCCAAAAUUAUAGAAAAUUACAGCUUAAGAAAUAUUACUCAAAGGUACAAAAGGUCCGUUAUUACUAAUAGAGGUCUAAGAAAUGUUCAAGAUCAAGUCAAAAUAACUAUGGAUAACAUAAACUAUUUUAAGAAAUGCAGUGAAGUUGUAGGAUACAAUGCGGGAAUUUUAGAACUAUCACUAUUAAAAAAUGGUAUGCCUAAAAAAUAUCAUAAUUAUUUUAGAACUACCACAGAUCUUCUCACUUGGCUAUUUCAAGAUUUAAAUUAUUUUGAUAUUGACCCGAUUGGGUUUAUAACUGAGAUUAGACCUGAUUUGAUUAAUAAAGUUUUUCAUUCUGAAAAAUUGUUGAGAAUUGAAGAAGAAGUGGACGAAGAUGAUGAUGAAAACUGUAGAUAUGAACCAGAUUAUUUAGAUAUAGAAUAUAGUCAUAACAAUAUUGUCGUUUAUAGUAUAACUUUAGAUGACAUAAAAUAUGUUUGCAAGGAACUUCUUGGGGAGAGUAUACAAUUAGAGAAUCUAUUGAAUUUCGAUAUAAGUCAUUAUAGUAAAUCUGAAGAAGCCAAAUUCAACUUUAAUAUAAUGGAAAAGAUACAUGAUUAUUUUGAAAAUAUGUUGAAUUUGGCCAAUGAUUAUAUUGAAUUACCAAAAUCCAUUAGAAAUUUAAAUGCAUUAAGUAUGGAUCAAAGAUGGUCCUUAUACUACAGUUGGGUACGUGAAACAAAAGAAAUGUUUGAUCCAAAAAUAAGAAAUUACGAAGAAAAGUAUACUCAAAUUUAUAAGCAAUAUUCUGAAUUAAGAGAGUUGGAAAAUAUAGAGCUUUUAAAUAAAAUGCAUGUAAUAGCAUUAACUACUACUGGUGCAGCUAAACAUAGAAUAAUGUUGGAAGGUCUAGAGUCACCAAUUGUUGUUGUUGAAGAAGCUGCUGAAGUUUUGGAGGCACAUAUAGUUUCAUCAUUAACAAGACAUUGUCAACACCUUAUAUUGAUUGGAGACCACAAACAACUUCGUCCUAGUAAUGCAGUUUACAAAUUGGCUAAAGAUUAUAAUUUCGAUAUUUCUCUAUUUGAACGAAUGGUCAAUAAUGAUGUACCUUGUUAUACAUUGGGCGAACAACAUAGAAUGCGUCCUGAAAUAGCAUCCCUUAUAACUCCAUCAAUCUAUAAUGAAUUGAAAAAUCAUAUUUCUGUUAAUAAUAGAGUACACAUUCGUGGUGUUACCAAAGAUGUGUUCUUCCUAAACCACAAUGUGUAUGAAAAAGAAGUUGAAGAAAUUUCAAGUAAAAGUAAUGAUCACGAAGCAAGAUUUUUAAUUAUGUUUGCUAGACAUUUAAUUUUACAAGGAUACAAAACUCAUCAAGUCACAAUAUUAACAACUUACAGUGGUCAAUUAUUUCUAAUUCGUUCAUUACGAAAAAAACAUUCAAUAUUAGAAGGCAUGAAAAUAACAGUUGUUGAUAACUAUCAGGGCGAGGAAAGCGAUAUUAUACUACUAUCACUAGUUAGAAGUAAUGAAAAAGGAAAUGUUGGUUUUUUAAAAACUGAAAACAGAAUAUGUGUUGCAUUGUCAAGAGCAAAAUAUGGAUUUUACAUGAUGGGUAACAUGAACAAUUUGUAUAAUUCUGGUAAUUUAUGGAAACAAAUAAAAGAAACAUUGGAAAAGCAGGAUUCAUUUGGUGAUGAAUUAACUUUAGAAUGUGCUAUACAUUCGGGUAUCAUGACAAAGGUUUCAAAGAGUGAAGAUUUCAAUAUAAUUAUGGAAGGUGGUUGUGCCAUGUUAUGUAAAUCAUUGUUGUCCUGUGGUCAUUACUGUUCAUCUGUAUGUCAUUCUUAUGACCGUGAACAUUUAGAAAUGAAAUGCCGGGAGCCUUGUAACAAAUCUUGUGAUUAUAACCACCCAUGUAAUAAAAUAUGUUAUAUGGAUUGUGGAAAAUGCACCGUACCUAUGACAAAAGACUUACCAUGUGGUCAUCAGCCAACAUUACCAUGCUAUGUUGAUAUUGAUACUUAUCUGUGUGAAGAAAUGGUAGAAUCAGUACUAGACUUAUGUGGUCAUACAGUUAUGAGAAAGUGUCAUGACAAAAGUCCAAAUUGUACAGUUAAAUGUAUUAUUCGGUUAGAUUGUGGUCACGCUUGUCAGCGCAAUUGUCACAAGAAUGAUGAUCCAGACCACGAAAAUUAUAAGUGCUUUAAACCUUGUGAAAAUACUAAUAAAAAGUGUUCUUUAAAUCACAAAUGUCGAAAGAUGUGUUAUGAGGAUUGUGCAUCAUGUACAGUUAAAGUUAAAAAAACUCUGCCUUGUGGACACAUAAAAAAUGAUGUACCUUGUGGAUUAGAUUUUAAUGAAAUUAAAUGUUAUCUUCCAUGUAUUCGUCCUUUAAAAUGUCACCAUAAGUGUUUAGCUAAAUGCUAUGAACCAUGUAAACCUUGUGAAAAACUAGUAAAAAAAAUUAUACCGGACUGUGGACACUUAAUUACAAUUAAAUGUAAAACAAUACCACAACGUAAGCAUUGCACCGAGCCAUGUAUACGAGUUUUGAAUUGCGGGCAUUUGUGUAAGAAUCUAUGUGCAAACGAAUGUAUCCCUGAAGAAUGUAAGGAAAUUGUAUUGCAAAAAAAUAGUAAACUCGCUUGUGGUCAUAAUAAAGUUUGGGUAUUAUGUUGUGACAGAGAUAAAGAAUUCAGACUGAAUAGCCAAUAUCUACUUGAUAAAUGCCGCGAACCGUGUCUACAAAAAUUAAAUUGUGGCGAUAUUUGUUUGGGCACAUGUGGAGAAUGUAAGCAAGGCCGAAUACAUAUUCCCUGUAGUGAGACUUGCAACAAGAUAAAUCCGUGCAAUCAUACUUGUAAAUUCCCCUGUAAAGAACGGUGUCCUCCUUGCAAUCAAAAAUGUAUUUAUUCGUGUGUCCAUUCUAAAUGCCCUCGUGUGUGUGGUAACAUAUGUGUACCGUGCAAGGAAAAAUGCGAGUGGGAGUGUCCACAUUUGAAAUGUACCAAAAAAUGUAAUGAAAUUUGUGAUCGAGAACCAUGUUAUGAGCCUUGCACAUUAAAUUUGAAAUGUGGGCAUGAAUGUAUUGGUUUUUGUGGUGAACCGUGUCCUCCUCUAUGUCGCAUUUGUCAAGAAGAAGAAGUUACUACUAUUGUUUUUGGUAAUGAAGAUGAACCAAAUGCAAGAUUUGUUUACUUAGAAGAUUGUAAACAUACCAUCGAAUCAGAAGCUUUAUCUCAAUGGAUAAACCAAGAGGUUAAAGAAAUAUGUUUGAAACAGUGUCCAUUAUGUAAGACACCAAUUUUAAAAACCCAACGUUUCAUGAACCAAGUAAAAGCUACAAUAGCGGACAUUUCAAUAAUAAAAACUAAACAGUAUGGAGAACUAGAUGCUAUUAAAAGAGGAAAGAAGAAAAUAAUUCAAUCAUUAAAAUCUUUAGAUAUUAAUUUUGUUUCAAAUUAUUGUGGUGAUCAAAAUAACGGAUAUGAUAAUAUCAAACUUAUAUGGAAUUCAUUUUGCAAGCCUUUAAUUGCUUCAUUAAACUUUAAAGGAAACAAACGUUCAAACUUCUCUUUACCAGCAAAAGAUAUAGAAUCUUUAAAUUUUGUCGUUGAUUUGUUUAAAACUACUUCAAAGUUCAAAGAAAGAAUUGAAGGUAUUGAUGAUUACCAAAGAAAACAAACAAUCACUGACCAUUUUAAGUGGUUACUUGAAGUUGCUUUUACUUAUUCUAGAUGUCUAUCUAACCAACAGAAAUAUGAUAUAAAUAUGGAAGUUGCAAGAGGUGCUAGGAUAUUACAUCUAUUUGAAAUAAUGUGUACUACAAAGUUUAAGAUGGCAUAUGGACAAACGAUAAAAAAUUCUUAUACAACUGAAUUAAUAGAUUUAGUAGAAAAUAUGGAGGCUCUAUUGAUGUCUUGUAAUGUAUACACUGCCGAUAGUGAAAAAGAAAUAGAAGUAAUAACCAAAUUAAUAAAUGAAAAAUUUGAUGGAUUGGCAAUUAUUACCGACGAAGAGAGAAAUAUGAUACAUAACGCAAUGUUCAGCAGUUUUUCACCAGGUUAUAGAAGUCAGGGUCAUUGGUGCAAGUGUCCUAAUGGACACAUUUAUUGUGUCACAGAAUGUGGAGGACCUAUGCAAGAAGCGGUUUGUCCUGAAUGUAAGGUACCAAUUGGUGGGCGAAACCAUGUACAUGCUCCAGGCGUAACGGUGGCUUCAGAAAUGGAUGGAGCUAGUCAUCUCAUGUUUCAAACUUGAUUAUUAUAAUUACUAAUUAACUCAAAAAUAUGAUAAUAACUGUUUUUAUUUUACCUAUAAUUUUAUAACUUUAUUUGUUUUACUUAAAUUGAAUUACUUAUUCAUUCAAAUAAAUAUGAUUAUAAUAGUUUUCA